GGGCUGUGUAGGGGGCUGUGGGACCAGGUCCAGGCAGGGACCCUCUCCAAACUCUCCAUCUGGGCAGAGCCAGGCGCCAUGGUCCCCAAGGGGAGCCGGGUGACCCUGUGGUGUGAGGGGUCCCUGCAGGCUGGUGGCCUCCGUCUGUAUAAAGGGAACGUCUCUGUGGACUGGGAGAAUGACGUCCUGCAGGAAUCCUCAAACAAGACCGGGUUUGUCUUUGAGCCUGUAGUCUCACAUUAUGGGGGGCUGUACCAGUGUGGCCCUCAGCCCCACCUCCUCCUCAGAGUGCAGUGAGCCCCUGGCCCUGGUGGUGACAGGAGUGUUCCCCCCACCCUCCCUCUCAGCCCAGCGGAGCCCUGUGGUGGAGGCAGGAGGGAGGGUGACCCUCUCCUGCAGCUCAGAGACAGCAUCGGGCACUUUCCACCUUCUGAAGGAGGAUGGCGCUGACCCGCCCCUCCACAUGGAACAGAGACCCUCUUUUGAGAGACCCCAGGUCCUCUUCCCUGUGGGCCCCGUGAACGCCUCCCACAGGGGCACCUACAGGUGCUACGGCUCCUCCAGCUCCUACCCCCAGCAGUGGUCAGAGCCCAGUGACCCCCUGCAUCUCGGGGUCACAGGCGGGUUCUAGGCACCAUCCCUGGUGGCCCAGCCAGGCCAGCUGGUGCUGACUGGUGACAGCUUGACCCUGCAGUGUCACUCCCAG